CCCGCCUUCUGUGCCAUGCGUUGUCCCGCGCGCGCCGGCUUCACCCGCGCUCCUCCCCUCCUUCCUUUCGCUUGGUUCGUUUGGGCGGCAGCCGCAGAUCGUCCUCAAAGGCCCUUUGCUCUCUUUCGGCGGUGGGGCUUUGUGCGCGUGCGCGCCGAGCCGGCAGUAAAACAAAUGAAAUACAUCUUGGUAACAGGAGGUGUUAUCUCUGGGAUUGGAAAAGGGAUCAUCGCCAGCAGCAUUGGGACAAUUCUCAAAUCAUGCGGGUUGCACGUCACGUCCAUUAAAAUUGACCCGUACAUUAACAUUGAUGCAGGGACCUUCUCUCCUUACGAGCACGGUGAGGUGUUCGUGUUGGAUGAUGGAGGGGAAGUGGAUCUGGACCUUGGUAACUAUGAACGCUUUCUCGAUAUCCGUCUCACCAAAGACAAUAAUUUGACAACAGGGAAAAUUUAUCAGUCUGUCAUCAACAAAGAAAGGAAAGGAGACUAUCUGGGCAAAACUGUUCAAGUUGUGCCCCAUAUUACAGAUGCAAUUCAGGAGUGGGUAAUGAGGCAGGCUCGAAUCCCUGUUGAUGAAGAUGGUGUGGAGCCUCAAGUCUGUGUGAUUGAGCUUGGAGGAACAGUCGGAGACAUCGAAAGCAUGCCCUUCAUCGAGGCGUUCCGCCAGUUCCAGUUCAAAGUAAGGCGAGAGAACUUCUGCAAUAUUCAUGUCAGUCUGGUACCCCAGCCAAGUUCUACAGGAGAACAGAAGACAAAACCCACCCAAAAUAGUGUCCGGGAACUCCGGGGUCUUGGUCUUUCACCAGAUCUGAUUGUCUGCAGAUGCUCCACUCCUCUAGACACCUCAGUAAAAGAAAAGAUUUCCAUGUUUUGUCAUGUAGAACCUGAGCAGGUCAUUUGCGUUCAUGAUGUGUCUUCCAUUUACCGAGUGCCUCUACUGCUGGAGGAGCAAGGGGUGGUUGAUUACUUUCAAAACAGACUCGACCUUCCUAUUGAGAGGCGGCCUAGGAGGAUGCUCAUGAAAUGGAAAGAGAUGGCAGAUAGAUACGAUCGUUUAUUGGAGACCUGCUCUAUUGCUCUUGUUGGCAAAUACACCAAGUUCUCUGAUUCUUAUGCCUCAGUCAUUAAAGCUUUGGAACAUUCUGCCUUGGCUAUCAAUCACAAGCUUGAGAUCAAGUACAUUGAUUCUGCUGACUUGGAGCCGGCUACACUGCAGGAGGAGCCAGUUCGAUACCAUGAGGCCUGGCAGAAACUCUGCAGUGCUGACGGAGUCCUGGUACCAGGGGGGUUUGGUGUCCGAGGGACAGAAGGGAAGAUACAAGCUAUUUCUUGGGCAAGAAAACAGAAAAAACCAUUCUUAGGGGUCUGUUUGGGAAUGCAGUUAGCAGUUGUGGAGUUUGCACGCAACAUCCUGGGUUGGAAAGAUGCCAACUCAACAGAAUUUGACCCCAAGACUACGCACCCAGUGGUAAUAGACAUGCCGGAACAUAAUCCUGGUCAAAUGGGUGGAACCAUGAGGCUUGGCAAAAGGCGAACAGUCUUCCAAACAAAGAAUUCAGUCAUGAGGAAACUAUAUGGCGAUGGUGACCACCUAGAAGAGAGGCACAGGCACAGAUUUGAGGUAAAUCCAGAGUUGAAGAAUGCCUUUGAAGAAAAAGGCAUGAAGUUUGUGGGCCAGGAUGUAGAAGGGGAGCGAAUGGAAGUGGUCGAGCUGGAAGAGCACCCAUUUUUCGUUGGUGUUCAGUAUCAUCCAGAGUUCCUUUCCAGACCUAUCAAGCCAUCUCCCCCAUAUUUUGGCCUCCUCUUGGCAUCUGCAGGGAGACUCACACAUUAUCUGCAGAAAGGUUGCAGACUCUCCCCCAGAGAUACGUACAGUGACAGAAGUGGAAGCAGUUCACCAGACUCUGAGAUCACGGAACUGAAGUUCACAACAGUGAAUCAUGAAUAACUGCUGGAUACACCUUGCUGUCCAUCAGAAGACCCUUUAUAGUGGACACUGUGGGCAUUCUCUCCACAAUAGCUGGGAUGGAGUUCCUUAAAUCAUGUUUAAUUUUGAGGAAUCAUGUCACACCGCUGUUCUUUUAACCUGUUUCUGUUCUUUCACGUGUCUGGUUGAGGCUGUGGCGCUAAGCCUGCCGCGACUAGCAUCCCGCCCGCUUUGUGAUUUUUGAAACGAGAACUUCCGAAGACUGGGAUAGUUCAUGGAUUUCUGAAGAAGUCAGAGCUCUGCCAAGAAGAGAUUGGCAUUUUCUGGUUACUUCUGUUACAGGAAGGUUAAAUGGCGACGUUUCCAUCCUUUGUAGAAUGUGAGAUGAGAGGCUGUCCUUAAAACCUGCAUAUGUUUUAAAACCAAGCCAUGGGUUUGGUUAUUCAUUGCCACCUUUUUCCCCCCAGGCUUCCUGUGUAGGAAACCUUAGGAUUGUUGCUCUUAAGCAAUUAACACAUUAAAAUGUAUAAAUUUUCCCACUUUAGAAAUUUGAGAUCCCCCUCCCGGACUUGAGAGAUCUCCUUGCAUCAAGGGGGCUGUAUAUGUGAGAAAGUGACUUCAGCAGACAAUGCCUUUGAGACUCUCACUGAGAGCUCUGCCUUGAACAGGACGGUCUGAAGUCCUUAUUUUUGUAAGGAAGGCUUUCCUGUUUUUCCCUGUCAUGCCAGGGGUUUUGUGAGAUACCACACAUGCUGCCAGCUUCUGCAGGGGGUGUUCAGUAAUAUAUUUGCAGUAUUUGCUUGUCCCCCACACACAGAAAAAAGAGUGUGUGGAGGGGCAUCAAGUGUUCGUAAUCUCUCCUUUUGCCAACAUAGCUUGUAAACGGUGUGAACCACUAAAUUAUUGGGGACUUCUUUUGCUAUACAAAUGUACCGUCUGUCCAUAUCCUUUUCAGUUCAUUAAAAUUUUGGGGAAACUU